AUGGACUGGGAAAUAGAUUCCAGGGCCUCCAAUAGAUUAGGGACGGGCCUGACGAUAUAAAAAUAUUUGGUGUGGAUUUCAAUUGAAAAAAUGUUACCGGACUCAUUGAAAUCCUGGCUCAUCCAAUGGCUGGAGGAUCACAGAGAGUUUGUGGUGGCCGUGUUCUGUUUACCGGCCAGCUUCCUCUUUACCGUGCUGAUGAGGUUCAAGGCGUACGUGCGGUGGCUGACCAGCGAUCCUCAGCGUCAUGACAGCAACGUCAGAGAGAUACAACAGAGAGUGCAACAAUGGAACAAGCUACCACCAGAAGACCGGCGUCUACUCUGCACCUCCCGUCCCAACUGGCUGUCUUUAUCCACGACAUUCUUCCAAAAGCACCUACAUCACCAAGUGCCCAUCCCUCUGUACGAUAUCUUGGAGCUUAACGAAGCAGAGAUGAUAGUCAGAGUGGAGCCCAUGGUGACUAUAGGCGAUAUUACGGCGUAUCUUAUACCGAGGGGAUACUCACUAGCUGUGACUAUCGAACUGACGGAUGCUACUCUAGGAGGUCUGGCCUUUGGAACUGGAAUGUCAACUCACUCCCACAAGGCAGGCCUGUACCACGAAACCAUCACGAGCUACGAAGUGGUUCUAGCCGACGGUUCCUUGGUAAAGGCUACAGCCGACAACGAAUACGCCGACUUAUUCAAGACACUCCCCUGGUGCCAUGGAAGUCUAGGUUUCCUAGUAGCAAUGACCAUCAAGAUCGUGAAGAUCAAACCUUACAUCAAAAUCAAGUACAUCCCAGUCAGAGGCCAGAAGAAAUACUGCGAUAUGUUGAGAGAAUUUUCUGGAACUUACGAGAAGGUUCCAAAAGAAUUCCCUGAUUACAUCGAAGGUACUAUUUACAGUAAGGAUGAGGCUGUGAUCAUGGUUGGGGAUUACGCAGACUAUGACCCCAACAUCCCUGUGAAUAGCUGCUCAAAAUGGCACAAGCCCUGGUUUUACAAGCACGUGGAGACCUUCUUAGAGAAGGGAGAAUCUGAAGAGUUGAUUCCUUUGAGAGACUAUUUAUUAAGACACAACAGAGCUAUCUUCUGGGUAGUAGAAGAUAUGUUAUCUUUUGGAAAUAAGACCAUUUUCCGGUACUUAUUUGGAUGGCUUUUACCUCCUAAACCAGCCUUCUUAAAAUGGACCACAACACCUGGAAUUAGAGCUUAUACCUUCACGAAACAGGUGUUCCAGGAUAUCGUACUCCCCAUCAAAGAAUUAGAGAGACAGAUUGAAAUAGCCAGCAUUCUAUUCGAGAAGUUUCCAUUGCUGGUGUAUCCUUGUAAAAUUAUUGAUCACGGUCCAUCGUCGGGUCAAUUGAAAAGACCGGAUUCGAAAUACUUAGUCCCAGGGACAAAUUACGCAAUGUAUAACGAUUUAGGGGUGUAUGGCGUUCCGGGGAAGGUGAAGGAUAAAAAGCCGUACAACCCUGUAGCCGCUAUGAGGAAAAUGGAAGACUUUACAAGGGAAGUGGGGGGUUAUUCUUUCCUGUACGCGGAUAUAUUUAUGACUCGUGAAGAGUUUGAGGUGAUGUUUGAUCUGUCUCUUUACGAGGAAGUCCGCAAGAAGUACAAAGCGGACGGGGCGUUCCCUCAUUUAUAUGAUAAAGUGAAACCAGAGCUUGACGUAUUUUCCAUUGGAGAAGAAAACGCUAUCGCUUAA